GUUAGGAAAGAACGCAGCCAGACAGUUGCGAAACCUCCGCGAAACCGCGAAACCGAGGCUGGCAAUGUAAACAAGAUGGCAACCUUUCACAGUUCCUACUUCCCCAAGGAUCUGUUGAGUAGUCUCAGUGCUGAGGUUCUUUAUAUCAUUCUGUCUUACCUUCCCGCAAAAUCCCUUUUGAAUCUCAGCGAAUGCAAUCGUCGUCUGCGAGAUUUAUGUCAGAACUGUAAUUCACUGUGGAAACACCUUUGUAAGACUGACUUUGAUGCCGAUUUGACUGUAAAGGGUUCGUUUCCAUCCUUCUUCAUCUUGUAUCAAUUGAUGUAUAAAUCGCGCAUUAUACUUGAAGAUACAGACUACAGCACCUUCAGUGGCUACCUUCCUGACUGGUUGUAUUAUUGGAGCGCUCUCAGUACUAAACCACCCCUCCCUGGCUUUUACAACUUGCCUGCAGGAAGGACAAAGAAAACAUGGGGUCUUACAGAGGAAGAUUUGACUAAUUACCAAAUCAAAUGUAACAAGUCUGGAGCUGCAGUAAGACUGGAGCGAUACUACACUUGGACAGAUGGCCUGGAAGCUGCUCUGUGUAAACACAAGAGCAGACAGCGAUUCCAUGAAGUGGCUUUGAAACGAUGCAUGCGAAGUCAGAAACAAAUACAUAAGACCUUUCCAAAGGCCUCACGAUCUCAGCGGAAAAGAGCCUUCAAUAAAUUCCAAAAUGAGCAUCGCAGCCUGAGGAAUAUUCUUUCAAAGCAAAAGGAUGGUGUGAGCGAGUUUCUAAGUUAUCAAUCCCCUCAUAAGAUUGGACAGGAUUACAUUGAAGGUUAUCUUCACAAGAGUGGUAUUAAACAAUUAGAAAGUUACAUUGAGUUUGCCAAACGACUUGAACAAGAAGUAGACAUAGCCGAGCUUUCAAAAGACAUUCCUGAAUGUGUUCUCCUCGUUUAUGACAAGCUGUCCACAGCAGCGCACCAAAGAUUUAUUUCUGCAGAGGAAUUCCUAGAUGUUGCUAAAGAUUACUUUGAACGGGUCAAGAGGGUCUGGAAUUGGCAGAAUGAAAAUGGAGCUGAUGCCAGGCAGGCUUUUCGAGAUUGUCCAGUUGUGAAAGCUCAUCCAUCCUACAGUGCAUAUAUUCAAUCAGGGAGCGAAUCCCACUUUAGAAAUCUCCGACUAAACUUUGAAGGACUUGAACAGUUGGAAACCUGGCUGGAAGAAAACCAGUGGAUCACCAAGCUAUUGGACUCGAAUUUUAUUUCUAUUCUACGAGGAGUUCCACUUCAAAAGCCGGCCAACGACCUCAGCACUCAGGCAUUCCAGGCGCUUAGAAAGAUGGUUAAACUCUUCCUCAAAACUGGGCGAAGAGUUGACUUUGACAGAAUUUUAAGGAGACUGGCAGAAUCUGCCAGAAUAUUUUUGCACACUCAUCUGGAUUACGUAGAAUCGUUAGAAAGGAAUCUUUCUCGUGAAUAACCCUUUCUAUGUCGUACUGUAUCUUAAUUUCAAGCUUCUUGCGAAGUCGUGGCGAGGCCGGCAAUUCGUGGAAAUGAAGGCCUUCUUUGAGGGUCUGGUUGGCGAGACACGCGUUGCCAUAGCCAUAGCCUGCAAAUUUGAACGUCACUGUACUUUAAAUAACAAAAUGCUGCUGAGAAUCAGAAUGCAAAUAGCUAAUAUAUGUAUGCUUUUCAGGAUACCUUUUCCGCCGUGCGAAAAGUUCACCAGUUCAGCAAUUUCGGAGAAUAUUACUCGCUAAAAUGAGCUAGCGCUUCAGUUUUUGAACUGAAUCACUAUGUUCUGCUAUGAGCUAAGAUAUCUUCACAAAAAUGGCAUUAAAAUUCCUUUGAUAUCGUUAACACUCUUUCGCCCCUGUCUUGCAGUUGUUUCGUUUCACGAACUUCAGAUCGCUUUUUUUAAAUUAAUGUUGAAUUCUUGUAACUUGCGUUAUUUGGUUCGAUACUUGAAUAUUAUUGUCAAUUGUUUUCCAUAAGACAUGAUAAGAUGCAUUCGCGGUAGCAAUAAUAACAUGUGAUGGCUUAGAAAAUGUCAAGUAAACAAGUAUCAUUGUAGGGAAAUAUUUUA